UUCGAGCGAGUUUUAGUCGGGAGUUGUACGGCGCACGACAAACUUACAACACGCGUUUAUUGUCGGUCAAACGCGUGGGUUAUUUUUUUUUUUUUCGUUUACUUUGCUUUUCUGUGUUUUCAUCUCAGACAUUUGUCAAUAAAAAAUUUACAUUUUGCGUAUAGUGAGAGUGUUUUUAUGACCAAUUGUGUUUGGCUAUUCUAAACCCGUUUUUUUUUUGUUUACAUACGAUAUGUUUACUGUUAUUGUUUAUUAUUUUUUUACUCCGAUUCAUAUUUUUUCUCCUGUAAAAGCUGGAUUUUUCGGUUAAUUUAAUAACCCUUAUUGGAACACUAGGAUGACAACAAAACGACAAAAAAAUUUUAGCUGGAUCAAGUAAAUCAACAAACACACAAAUUGGCAUUUGAAAGAAAAAAUUAAAACCUAAUAAAAAAAAUGGCUUAUACAAAUCGAUUUCCACCAAGUCACAAUACAAGAUAUCGUAGCAGCUGGGGUCCAUCCUCAGUAACAUCGUUUGCACAUGCUGACAUACCUAGACCAUCACCUGAAGAGGAGGAAUUUCAAUUUUAUCAAGAACGUCUUCAUUCAGCCCAGAGUAGACAGCUCAUUCCACUUCAAGAAGAUCUAGCUGAUUGGAUAAAUAAAACAAUAAAUGUUGAUCAUAUAACUGGGGAAAAUUUUUUGGAUUCACUUGACAAUGGAGUUAUUGUUUGUCGUUUGGCACGAGUUAUUCAAGAAAAAGCAAGAUCAGCAAUUGAUUCUGAACGAGCAAAAGGACCUGUUCCACUUAUUCGAGGACGAUGCUGGGAUAAUGCAGCACGUAGAAGCUUCUUUUCUCGAGAUAAUAUGGAAAAUUUUAUACAAUUUUGUAGAAGACUUGGAGUACAUGAAAAUUUAUUAUUUGAAAGUGAUGAUCUUGUUCUUCAUGGCCAACCACGUAAUGUGGUUUUGUGUCUACUUGAAGUUGCUCGAUUAGCAUCAAAAUAUUCACUGGAACCUCCUGGACUUGUUCAACUUGAGCGUGAAAUUGCUGCUGAACAAGAGAGAGAAUUACAUUGUAUGUCUGACAGUGGAAUAUCACACAGUAGUCUUGUUUCAUGGCAAUUUCAACAACCUUCACCUUCACCUUCACCAGUUCCCCCACCAGAAACAAUUAAACACAGCAGCUCUGCAUUGGAAGUAACUGAGACACGAUGGCUGGAUCCAUCAUUGACCACACCAAUUGAAACAGACAUGCGAAGAAGUGUUAGUGAUAAUGGACCAACUGGUAGUGAUGGUGUACCAAGUGAUACAACUGAAGAUGAUUGGUCACGUGGCUCUGCUGAAGAUCCUGAUGAAGUUUUAUCACCAUCAACAUCACCAGCACCAGUAGAACCACCAGAGCAUGUUGGUCCAAUCACAGAACUUGAUAGAAAAGUAAGACGUGCUGCUGAAAGACUAUGUCAAUGUUCAGAAAAAUGUUCAAAACUUAAAGUACGAAAAGUUGGAGAAGGUCGUUAUAAUAUUGCUGGUCGUAAUGUUUUUAUUCGGCUUUUGAAGGGACGACACAUGAUGGUGAGAGUCGGUGGUGGCUGGGAUACAUUGGAACAUUUUUUGUCAAGACACGAUCCAUGCAAGAAAUGCAGAAGUACUGUUUGUAAAGGAAUACCAAAACACAGGAUUACACGAAGAGUUAUCUCUGCGCGUUGAUAUUAAUCUGUAUUAUUAAAAAUAUAAAAAGAAUUAUGUUAUUUCUUUUGUUUAAUUUUAAUUUUUGUUUCUUUAAUCAUUGGGCUGUAUAGAUUCAAAAAAUUAUUUAAUUUAUAUUAAUGUACACAUGUUAAUUAUCAUGCAAUUUACUUUUUGUUGAAUCCAGGAACAAAAAAAAAAAUGUGAAAAGUUUGUUUUUCAAUUAUCCUGGGGUUCAUUUUAUUUUCGCCAUAACAUAGUUUAAGUUUGUCAAUGCGAGAUAAUUAUUGUUUAUUUUUUUUUUUUAGUUAAAGGUACCUGCUUGAUAGAAAAAUAAAAUAUAUCAACUACAGCUCGAAAUAAUGUUCUUAUAAUUUAGCUGAAUUAUUUGUAAUUUUGUAGAUAACACUUGGAACAUUUAAUUAAUAUUAAAAAAAAAAAUACUUAUUAAUUGUAAUAA